GUUAAGUUAAGUACAGUAAGUCAUGGCAUGGGCAGUACAAAAUAUAUGUAACAUACAACAGACUCACCAGUGUAGCUAUAUAAUGAAUAUAUAGAAACUUGCGGGAACAGUUUCAGUAUAGACACGCGUCUCUCCGCAUUCCGUCAAUCCGUAUAAUAUAAUAUAAUAAAUCCUAGUUAAAUAUUACUCUGUAAUAUACUUUCAUUCAUAUAUUUAGACAUUUCUGUCCAGGAAGCGCACCUGGAACUUGCAACAGAGCCACUUUUAGAUUUUGAAGAAAAAAUAUGGAUAAACAUGGAGUACCUCUUGGACCGGGUGUUCAACCACCUCCACCUGGAUUUGCUCCACCACCACCUUACAGUGCUGGAGCUCCGCAGCCACCUUCUCAAGGACCUGGAGUAAUUUUCAUCCAACAAACGACCUUUGGACCAGAUACAAUGAGAUUAAAUUGUCCUCAUUGUCACGCAGAUAUUUCCACAAGAGUAGAAACAGAACCGAGUACCAAAACUCAUCUCUUUGCUCUGCUGCUUUGUCUUGUUGGAUGCUGGUGCUGCGCUCCGUGUCCUUACUGCAUGGACAGCUGCUUGGUGAAGAAACAUUACUGUCCAUCAUGCAGCCAAUACCUCGGAAGCUACGAGAAUUAAUUCAAUAAUAUUUUACAUUUUAUAAUUCCAUUUUUCUGUCAAAUUUAUUUAUAUUCCUUAAAAAUGCUUAUGCAUUUGCGCCAUUAAAUGAUAAAUUCAUUUUCCAUAAAUGAUAAAUAAUU